CACAUUAUUUCGAGCACCAUGUCAGCUUUGAGAUUUGUCCGAUCAGUUCUAAAGUCCUUCCAAGCAGAGUCUGGACUAGAACCGAGACUGUUUGGAGAAAAUCUUCGAGUCACUGCUGCAGAACCUGGACGUGUAGACUUUGAGCUUGAUAUUAAAAAAGAGCAUACAAAUCGUCUCAAUAUCAUCCAUGGAGGUACCAUCGCAAGCAUGGUUGACCUGGGCGGAUCCUUGGCAGUAGCAUCAAGAGGAUUGUAUGCUACAGGAGUGUCGACGGACCUGAAUGUCACUUAUCUCAAUUCUGGCGGACAAGUUGGAGAUGUUCUCAGAGCCGUUGUUAAAUGUGACAAGUUUGGCAAAACACUGGCAUACACUUCGAUACAGUUCACCAACAGUAAAGGAGAGAUAGCUGCAAGAGGCAGCCAUACCAAAUAUGUUGCGCUGGCAUGGAAGCAUCCGGAGAACAUUGUGGAGGAAUUAUCUCCUCAUCCCAAGAAAUGAGGAUAUCCAACAGAUCGUUCUAGGAACGACGCUUUGCAACGUUGCAGUCGUAUAUGUCAACAAUAACAACUCAAUAGAACUUUAGAAAACAUCUGACAGC